AUUAUGAAAUCAGCAUUGCUUCUUUUAGUCAUAGCUCUGGCAACAGCUUCAACAGUUGGAGACCUAACUUAGAGAUUGUAGAACUAUGCCGAUCAUCCUUUUGGAUCGUCUAUGAUUAACUUGGUGAGUGUAAAUAUGAAAACUGGUGGAUCACUAAAUGAGCUUAAAUAACUUCUCUAACAAAUAAAAGAUGAAUUAAUUGCACUUACAUAAUUAUAAGAUUAAGAAAAUGGCACAUUUACAAGAAGAUCUCAAGUUGACCUUGCCAAAUUGUAAGCCACACUUGAACAAGCCUAAUAAGAUCUUGAUAAUUAAAGAUAAGAGUAAUAAAGUCUUAAUAAUGAAUUGUCUACACUUUAAACAAGAGUUUAAGAAGAUUAAGCAGCUCUUGAUAGAAAUGGAAGAGGAAGUUCUGAUGCUUAAUCUAGACUCGAUUCAGAAAAUACAGAUUUUGCUACCAAAUAUUCUGAUUAUAGUGAUGCCACCUUAGCAUGUAAAGAAGCUUAAAGAUUAUUAAUGAAUUUGAGAGGUGAAGGUGCAUCUCUAAUACAAUUAACGUAUUGAUUUAUCAUUAUUAUUAUUAGAUAAGACACAAAGAGUAAUCUUUUAUAAACUAAAGAGAACUUCUAAAAAAUAAAAGAAAUUCUUGAAGCUCAUACAAAAAAGAGUUCACUCACUCUUUUCUAACCAAUAAUAGAAGGUUUGGCUGAAAUGACAACUAAAGUAAAUCCAGAAACUUUAAAUAAUGUUUUGAGUUUAGUUGCUAGAUUAAUCACUGCUUUAUAAGAAGGAUAAGAUUAAUUAGAAGCUAAUCAUAAAACUCAAGUUGAAAAUCUCACUAGAUUAACAGAUGAUUUAAGAAAUGAAAAAUAAACCCUUCAAGUCUCAUUAGCUACUGCCAAUAAUAGACUCAAAGAAAUUUAAUCUAGAUUGAAUGAAUUAGAUGGAUUAAUUAAUAUAUCUAAUGCCAUUGUUGAAGUCACAUAAUUAAACAUAUAAGAUGCCACUAGAAUCAAUGAAUUAGAAGAUUAAGAAUACAGCAACUAAAAAGUUAGUAGGUAUUUAAUAUAUUCCUAAUAUUUCAUUAGAUAAACUGAAAUUGAUAUCGUAGAUAGAUUAAUUGAAUAUAUCAACCAAAAGCUAUCUGAAUGAUUAAUACAUUAAAAUUGC